UGGAGCCCAAGGACCCGAUUACGGUCCCCUAAAACCCACUGCUUAGCGAACUGAACAGCGGAGCUCUUCUCUUGUUUGUUCUCUGAGGCCAAGCAUCAAACAGUUGAGCUACAUACACAAAUGGGAAGCGGUGGCGGCAGAGGCAGAGGAGGUUCUCGCACUCAGAGACGCCACUUCCGUCAGAACAGAGAGAACGUCUGGAAGCGUCCCAAGUCUGACCCUUCCUCUGAGAACAACCCUGAAAACAAUGGCGAAAAUCGUGGCUGGCAGCCCUUUGCCACUCAGAAUCCCGCAUUCGAUGAAUAUUAUAAGGAGCAAGGGAUAGUGACCCCAGAAGAGUGGGAUGGAUUCAUUGAAGUUCUUCGAAAGCCGUUGCCUGCUGCUUUUAGAAUCAAUUCAAGUAGCCAAUUUUGUUCGGACAUCCGAACCCAGUUGGAGAAUGACUUUAUGAUAUCUCUUCAAGCUGAGGUAAGCGAGGGGGGUGAACUGGUGCCUAUUAGGCCAUUGCCUUGGUACCCUGAGAAUCUUGCUUGGCAUUCAAAUUUUUCUCGCAUGCAGCUGAGGAAGAACCAAACACUUGAGAGGUUUCAUGAGUUCUUAAAGCUUGAAAAUGAGAUUGGAAACAUCACAAGACAGGAGGCUGUCAGCAUGGUACCUCCUCUAUUCCUUGAUGUACGUCCAGAUCAUUUUGUACUUGAUAUGUGUGCUGCACCAGGUUCAAAAACAUUCCAAUUGCUUGAGAUUAUACACCGAUCAACAAAACCUGGAUCCCUACCUGAUGGACUGGUCGUAGCAAAUGAUCUUGACGUCCAAAGAUGUAAUCUACUCAUCCAUCAAACAAAAAGAAUGUGCACAGCCAACUUGAUAGUCACAAAUCAUGAAGCUCAGCACUUUCCUGGCUGCCGUUUAAAAAAAAGUUGUUCUACUGCUUCUGAAAUAGGAGCUGAAAAGGAGCCACCCAUCAGCCAACUUGUCUUUGAUCGUGUUUUAUGUGAUGUCCCUUGCAGUGGAGAUGGUACCCUUCGCAAGGCUCCUGAUAUCUGGAGGAAAUGGCAUGUUGGAUUGGGCAACGGGGUCCAUCCUCUACAAGUUCAGAUAGCUAUGCGAGGUUUAUCUUUGCUUAAAGUUGGCGGAAGAAUGGUUUACUCUACCUGCUCCAUGAAUCCAGUUGAGAAUGAGGCUGUGAUUGCUGAGAUUUUACGGAAAUGUAAUGGGUCUGUUGAGCUUGUUGAUGUCUCUAGUGAGCUUCCUCAACUUGUUCGGCGGCCGGGUCUUAAAAUGUGGAAGGUACGUGACAAGGGUAGGUGGUUAGUUUCCCACAAAAAUGUCAGCAAAUAUCGCAAAUCUGUCAUUGUUCCCAGCAUGUUUCCUUCUGGAAGAAGGUUUACAGAACCAACGGACCAUAAUGGUAGUAUGGAAGUGGAAGAAAAGCAUGAGAAUGGUGAAAAUGGAAAUGUUGAAGAAGCAUUGGAGUCAAGCGAUGAUCCUGCAACUGUAGCCAAUGAACAAGAUGAGGAAGUUUCUGAUUUUCCAUUAGAACGCUGCAUGAGGAUAGUGCCGCAUGAUCAAAAUGGUGGAGCUUUCUUCAUUGCUGUCUUCCACAAACGUUCGGAUUUGCCAGGUGAUUUAUUCAAUUUUUUAUUAUUUUUAAUAUAUUGGAAUGAUGAGCCGCAGGUACAAUUACAAAAUCAGAGUACUGAAGAUACAAAUGGGAUUGUGGCUAGUUCGGCAGAUGGUACAGAUGAGCCAUUUUCUGAAGCAGCUUCAGAGGCAGAGUUGAUAAAGGAUGAACUAGAUGGGGAUUCUUUGGAACUUGAUCCGUCCGUUACAUGUGAAGAAAAUGUAAAUGUAUUGGAGGAAGCCCAAGCGCCUAGUGAUAAGGAAAUUGAUCCCAAGAAAACUGGAGGAAAGAGGAAGUUGCAGACUCAAGGCAAGUGGAGAGGUGUUGACCCUGUUGUUUUCUUUAAAGAUGAAGCCACCAUCAAUAGCAUAAAGACAUUCUAUGGCAUUGAUGACUCAUUUCCCUUUAAUGGCCACCUUGUCACAAGAAACAGUGAUGCUAAUCAUGUGAAGAGAAUUUACUACGUCUCAAAGUCAGUCAAAGAUGUUCUUGAACUGAAUUUCUCUGUUGGACAGCAACUUAAGAUAACCUCCAUUGGGCUAAAGAUGUUUGAACGACAAACUGCAAGAGAAGGAAAUUUGGCUCCUUGUUCAUUUCGGAUAUCAUCAGAAGGAUUGCCACUUAUUCUUCCAUACAUCACCAAACAGAUUGUAUAUGCAUCCCCGGUGGACUUUAAGCAUCUUCUUCAAUAUAAAAGUAUCAAGUUUGCAGAUUUUGUUGAUGCUGAGCUUGGCCAGAAAGCAUCAGGCUUAAUGUCAGGAUGCUGUGUAAUAGUUUUGAGGAAAGAUGGCAAAGCCUCGUCGGAUUCCAUUGAAGUAGAUGAUUCAACAAUAGCCAUUGGAUGCUGGAAAGGUAAGUCCAGUUUGUCUGUGAUGGUCACUGCAAUUGACUGCCAAGAACUGCUAGAAAGGCUUUUGAUGCGCAUGGAAACCGAGAAGGGAUCUGCGGAGAAGAAAGACAAAGCCUCUAAUGCCAAGGAGGAUGAGGAACAGGACAUAAAGGAUAUGGAAAAGAAUGGUGACGAGGAAAGUAUCAUACUGGAAACUGAGGGUUAAGCGACAACUUCUGGGCUUCCAGAUUUCCAUUGUUGUACUCUAAUUUCAUAAUUUAAUACAGGGGUUGUAAUUGAUAUGCCAUGACUUCAUUUUAUCUUUAAUAUUUCUACGAAAUUGGAUUUUCUUAUUUUAGCAUGGAAGACAUCUUUGUAUUUUGCCUCAUCAAGUUGUUGCAUAAUCUUGAGAACAGAGCAAUUUUGAUCUAGUAUAUUAAUCAU